AUAUCUUGGUACGGCACUGGUGAUCUCCUAACCUCGUAUUGUGUUCCCAAGAAUCGGCCAUGCACGGCGUUGACAACGAGGCCUUUGAUGUCGUCAAGGAAGAAAGAAAUAAAGGCUCAGACAUUCGAAAGGAUGGCAGUCUUGAUGGGAAGUCUGACAAGGAGAGAAGCAUCCAAGGGGUACCCGAGGAGUCACUGGAACAUAACCCCAAAAUAGCGCGGAUCAUUCUCAAGAACAUCAUCAUCAUCUCCAUCGCCUUCACCUUCCUCUUCACCGCCUACAACUCCAUGGUCAACCUGCAGUCUUCUAUCAAUAAGGAGGUUGGCACGGUGUCCCUGACUACAAUAUACGUAGCGCUAGUCGUGUCCUGCUGCUUCCUGCCAUCACUGCUCAUCAAGAAGCUCAAGACUAAAUACACAAUGGCAGUCUGCAUGCUGGGUUACUCUUCAUACAUCGCCGCUCAGUUCUACCCAACACUGGCCACAAUGGUGCCAACAGCCAUCUUGUUGGGGCUCGGCGCCGCUCCGAUGUGGUCAGCGAAGUGUUCCUAUCUCACUCUGGUGGGGACCAAGUACGCGGAGCUGACGGGACAGGACAAAGAAAUGGUUAUUACUCGAUACUUUGGUAUUUUCUUCCUCUUCUUCCAGUCGACUCAGGUGUGGGGCAACCUCAUCUCCUCCACAGUGUUGUCAGUGGAUACGGGCGAGUUAAACAAAACGGACGAACAGCUGGAGAAAUGUGGAUACAAUUUCUGUCUCUUUAAGCAAAAUGAUACUAACAGCGAUGACGGCAUUCCCAACUGGCAGAGAUACACCAUGGCAAGCAUCUACCUAGUCUGUGCACUUUUGUCCUCAGUCAUCAUCGUACUGUUCGUCGAUCCUCUCAGAAGGUUCGUGGGGAAGGAGAAGGAGGUAGCUGCUACAGAGGGCAAGUCGGAGAUCCAGCUUCUGAUCGCCACCUUCAACCACAUGCGUCACCCAUACCAGCUGCUCAUCAUCCCCCUCACCAUCUGGUCGGGCGUGGAACAAGGCUUCUUCCAGUCUGAUUACACAGCCGCUUACGUGUCGUGUGGCCUCGGUGUGCACAUGGUGGGGUACGUGAUGAUCUGCUAUGGGGUGUGUGACGCCCUCUGCUCCGUCUCCUUCAGCCCGCUGGUCAAACUGGUGGGUCGCGUGCCCGUCUUCACCAUGGGGGCAGUGAUCAACUUCGGGGUCAUCAUUACUCUCAUAUACUGGCGGCCUCACCCUGACGACACGGCCAUAUUCUUCGUGCUGGCCGGGCUGUGGGGUGUGUCGGAUGCUAUCUGGCAGACGCAAAUCAAUGCGUUGUACGGUAUGAUCUUCCCUGGCAAGGCCGAGGCUGCCUUCAGCAACUACCGCCUCUGGGAAUCCGUCGGUUUCAUCAUCAACUUCGCCUGCAGCACCACCCACUGUGUCUACUCCAAGAUCGCCAUUGUGUUGGCGUUCCUCAGUGUCGGCAUCGUCGGCUACUUCAUCAUCGAGAUUAUCGAUAGGUUUGUGGGCCUCAAGAAGGACACUGACGGGGAGGCUGUCCCCAUCGAUAAGCUUGUCAUAGGAAAAUAUUAAGUCAAACACCGUCAUUACUGACGACUCGAAGACGAGUCUUCUAGUCAAAAGGGAAAGGUUGCAAAUCACGAAUCAACACCAUGGCAGCCAUCCAUGUAACAUCUCUCUUCACCUCCCUUGCGCGCGUGUGUGUGUGUGUGGGUGUGUGUGUGUGAGUAAACUAGAGGUUAAGUAAAAACUAGUCUUGAGAGUUCGUGAUUUGGAGAGAGAAAAAAAAAAACAGUGAUCAAAACAUGUACCCUAACAUCAAAACAUAUAAUCACUAAUGACUGAAGGUCUAUUCAUGUUUUUGUUUUUUUUUUGUAAGAAAGCCAUUGGCCAAAGGCAAUAAAAAUAUGAAUUAAAAAAAAUGGCUCACUUAAAUGCCCGUUCUCAGAGAAAUGCCAAAUAGAAUGAUCAAAUAGCAGAGGAUAAGUGUCUUGAAACCUCCCUCUUGAAAGAGUUCAACUCAUAGGAAGAAGGAAAUACAGAAGCAGGCAGAGAGUUCCAGAGUUUACAAGAGAAAGGGAUGAAUGAUUGAAAAUACUGGUUAACUCUUGCAUUAGAGAGGUGGAGAGAAUAGGGGUGAGAGAAAGAAGAAAGUCUUGUGCAAAGAGGCCGCGGGAGGAGGGGAGGCAUACAGUUUGGAGAUUGUUUUUUAGUUUGCCACGGACACCUUGCUGGUUGCAUGCCUUAUCUUGUAAACAUCAUCCCAGCUGUCCCAUCACUUGUUUAAAUACUUGCCAUAUAUUUUGUUCAUUUUGUACUAUUUAGUUUUUAUAUCAAUUAUUCUUAACCUGAUCUUGAAUUUACUUAUUAUCCUUGGUUAACUGUAACGUCAACUUUAAUUCUUACAAAGUGUAUCAUCGAAGUACCCUUUCUAUGAGUUCACUGCCCUGGUGUCUAAAGAGUGGUUUACACUGGGCAAUUCGCGGCUACUCGCAGUCGGGAUUGUGCAGCCAGGAUUGUGCACCCGGGAGUGAAAUACUGCCGGGAUUUGCUGAACUGCCAGAUCAGCCGAAAAACCGCUCUGUCAGUUUGAUCGGUUGCCUUCCCGGUAAAUUUCCAGGUUCACAUAAGAACAAAUAUCAAUAUAAUAUUGAAAACAGGAGGAAUAUUGUUGAAAAGUGUUUUAGUAAUGACCAUUGAGUGUACUAUUAUAUACAAUAAAUAAAUAAAAUAUUUAAA